UUGGACAAUGAAGGAGGGAAUUCUCAAGUGGCUCGCUUUGCUGGCAAUGCUGCAGCUCGCUCUUGUGGACAGGGCUGAGGGAAAUAGGACAUUUGAUCGCUGUACCCUGGCCCUGGAAUUGGAUAGACUGAAAAUUUCCAGACAGGAUAUACCCAGAUGGGUUUAUAUCGCACAGACGAAAAGUAACUAUCGAACUCACGCAAAAAGUAGUGCAGAUCAAAAUGGCUUUAGGCACUACGGAAUUUUCCAAAUUAGCGAAGAAUUUUGGUGCAACUCUGACAAGGGAACUAAUAAACCAUGCAAUGUGGACUGUUCCAAACUAAUUUCGGACGACCUCCAAGACUCCCUCAAGUGUGCGUACAUAAUACAAGAUGAACAUGGCUGGGAUGCCUGGAGUAUCGGAGAAAUUGAUGUUGACGACUGCUUCGAAAUAAAAGUAGCUGGCGGAGCAGCUGGAGGAGCAGCUAGAGGAUCAUCUGGAGGAUCAACUGGAGGAUCAGUUGAACAUUGCGAUUCUGUCUGCAACGACGGCGGCAGACGACGCGUGUUUCUUUAAACAAAUAAUAAAGCUCUAGUCGGGGUGCCUGACUAGGAAAUACGCUGAUCCCAGUGCUAUCUGCGUUUUUGAAUGAAAUUUUGGGGAAAUU